AUGAGUACGAUUCCUGACAAACGAAACCCGCUUGAUCUUGAUAGGGAGCGUGUAACGUGUCUCUUGCUUAUAAAUGCCCAGCUAAUGAAAAAAGCAGUAAAUAUUUAUGUUAAUGUUUUAACAAACCAACAGACAAUGCAACAAAUUCCACCGCAGAAUAAACAGACUAUAUUAGAACUGUAUCAAAACUGUACUCGCAGAAUCCAUUGUAACCUUUCAGUAUUAUCGUAUCUUCACGAAAAAUAUCAUACGGAUCCAAACCAACAGACUUCGACAAAUAGGGCACAAUUCCCCAUUAUUAUGUCUGCCCCUCAAGAUAUGCCCGAGUUGCAACAGUUAUACAAUAAAUUACAAGAUUUAUAUCCGGAGGCGCUUCAGUUUUUGAAAGUGAAGAUAAAUCAAAUGAGGAAGCUGUCCCAAGGGCAACCAAAUACGCAACAACCUCGAUCAGGGUCGCAGUCAACACAACCUCAGUUCAACAGUCCACAAAUACCACAACAAAUGCAACCAUCUCCAGCAAUGGUUAAUAACCCCAUGCUUAACAAUGUAGCAAAUAAUAGUUUUCAGAAUAUGGGGCCAAAGGAUAUCCCUCAAAAUUUUAUGCAACAGCUGCAGCCUCAACAACCUCCACAAGGUCGACCACAAUCUCAACAACAAAUGCCAUCUAAUUUCAACCCGCAAUCUGCUAACAAUAACUAUGCUAAUAUGAACAUGGGUCAACAGCUGCAACCACAGCAGCUUUCCAUGCAAGCAAUAUCUCCACAGCAAAUUUUACAACAGAUGAACGGUACGCCGUCUAAUAAUAAUACCCAGUCUUUAAAUGAACCUUCUAACAUGGAUUUCUUUUAA